AUGAAGUAUCAAAACAUUGCCUCUAUGGGCCUUGCCCUCCUCAGCAGCGCAGCUACUGUCUCUGCCAGCCCGCUGGUUCUUCGUGGAAACUCUGGAGUUUGCCCUAAGGGAUACUCGCCGACUGUUAUCACCAUGUCUGUGCCUAUUACCGCCACCCCAACCCCAGUGGCCAUUGAGGAACCUACAAGCACUCCUUCGACGCCUGCCCCCGUCACCGACUCGGAGACGCAGACCCCUAUUCAGAUUGAGACUUCUUCACCUGUCGGAUAUGUGGCUGCUAUCCCCUCUUCUACUACUGAGGCUUCAGUUCCUGAGACUACCCAGGCUGCUGUGGUUGUCACCACAUCAUCUUCCCAGGCCCCUGCUGUUCAUGCUGCAGUUCCGACUACCUCUUCCGUGACUGAGGAGGCUGCCGUCUCUCAAACCCCCGUUGCUCAGUCAAAGCAGGCUUCUGUAUCUUCCUCUUCGGGUGGAUCAUCCGGCGAAGCUACUUUCUAUGGUGGAAACGUCGCGGGUGGUACUUGUUCGUUCUCUGGAUACACCAUCCCCAGCAACCUCUUCGGAACUGCAUUCUCCGGUGCGGUCUGGGACAAUGCAGCCAAGUGCGGAUCCUGUGUCGCCGUCACCGGGCCCAACGGCAAGACCAUCAAGGCCAUGAUCGUGGAUAAAUGCCCCGAAUGCGCAGAAGGACACUUCGAUCUCUUCCAGGACGCUUUCGCUGAACUCUCCGACAUUUCAGCCGGUGUCAUCGACAUCACUUACUCCGCUGUCUCCUGCGACCUCGAGGGCCCCCUGAAGCUCAAGAACAAGGAGGGUACUUCUGCGUACUGGUUCUCGAUGCAGGUGGUUAACGCCAACGAGCCUGUCACCAAGCUUGAGGUUAGCACUGAUGGCGGAAGCAACUGGCAAAGCACCACCAGGACAGACUACAACUUUUUCGAGAACAGCUCUGGCUUCGGUACUGACAGUGUCACGGUCCGUGUCACCGGCGAGUCUGGAACUACUGUCGUCGUUAAGAACGUAGGCUCUGAGGCCGGUUCGGAGAUAACUGCUGGCUCUAACCUGUGA